AUGGAGUGGGUGGAGGGCGAGCGCACCAGCGACCUGCUGGCCCAGGCGCAGGGCGUGCUGGGGGCUGCUGGAGGGGAGGAGGCCCGGCAGCGCGCCAAGCAGAAGCUGCUGCGCAUGGUGGGCAUAGGCGUGGAGUCAUCAUUGGAGCAGCUGCUGGUGACGGGCGUGCUGCACGCGGACCCACACCCCGGCAACCUGCUGCUCACUCCACAAGGCCAAGUAGCCUUCCUGGUCUUUGAUCUGUUGUGUCGAAUGGAGCGGCAGCACCAGGAAGCCAUGCUUGCACAGGUUUUUGCAUGGGGCCAUGUUCUUCACCUCCCUCUGCUUCUCCUCGCCUCUUCCCUCUCCUCCACCCUCCAGCUAUCUGGACUUUGGCCUGCUGUGUCGUGUGGAGCGGCAGCACUGGUGCUUCAAAUCCUCUUCCACGUCCUUCUGCCUGCCCUCGCCUCUUCCCUUACCUCCACCCUCUCCAGCUAUCUGGACUUUGGUCUGCUGUGUCGCAUGGAGCGGCAGCACCAGCAGGCCAUGCUGGCAGCGGUGGCGCAUCUGGUGAACGGCGAGUGGAGCAUGCUGGCAGCCGACCUCGCUGCCAUGGACGUUCUCAAACCCACCACUGACCGGCGCGCGCUCACUAUGGUGAGUAUUGCUGGCAUGUGCACGUGCCCACACGGCGAGUGGACCAUGCUGGCACCAUGGACACCCUCACUCACACCCACCACUGACAGGCGCGCCCUCACCAUGGUGGGUUCUCACACCCAUCCACCCUCACGCUCAUCACUCGGCGCUGCACUCGGCGCUGCACUCAGCCUGCCCAUGCCAUGGAUCCGGUUGCCAUUCUCCCCUCUCGCAUGCUCUCUCUCGCAUGCUCUCUCACACAUGCCUGAAUCCGGCUCACCACUCUGCCACUCCAUUCCGUUUCACCCACCCUGUAACACCACCCUGUGGCACCCUCCCCUGGUGUGCCCUCUGGCCAGGCAUUGGAGGAGGCGUUUGGUCGCGGCCGGCAGAGAGGAGCCGCCUCAGGCGCCCCCACCAUGCAGUUCGGACAGGUGUGCCAUGCUCUCUGAACCUGCGGUGUUGUUACCUCCGGCAGUGCUGUCCGAUCCAGCCAUGUCUUCCCCGCACCCCUCGCCUUCUUUCUCACUUCUAUCCGCCCUUCCACUCUGUGUUUUGCCUUCCUGUGCCGUGCAAGGUGCCCUGAAGCCAUGCACCCUACUCUCCUCCCUUGCCCCCAUGCCACGUCCCCCCACUAUACCCCUGUCCCCUUGUCCUGCUGUCCCUCUCCCCCUGUCAUACUCUCCCCGCAUGGGCAAGUGA